AUGUCCGGUACUCUAUUCAUCCUCGAUGUCCCCACCAUGACAUGGACUCAAGGACCAGGUUCUACACCUCGAAUGGGCAUGGUCUGUGCCGUUUCUGGAGAUUACUUUAUCGUCUGGGGUGGAAUUUCGUGGGACAAUGCCGCGGCCCCUGUUCCAUUAUCAGAUACCCCCAUCGUUUACAACAUCAACCUGACACAAUGGACGUCAACUUUCGUCCCCAGAGCAAAGGAAACACCAACAACAACAAUAAUAACAACGUCGACAGCGGUACCAACAGAACCAAUAGAGCCAACAGCACCAACAGGAUCAACAGAGCCAGGAGUCGCUAACCCGGUGACAGAAGAAGCAACCAGCAGCAGGAGUCACAAAGCCGUAAUCAUUGGCACUUCAGUCGGUGGUGGAGUAUUCCUCAUCGUCUUGAUUGUCUGCGGAGUGUGCCUCUGCAAGAGGCGCCGUCGUGCCCAGCAGCAGCAGCUACAUAAAAAAAUGCUGGAAGAGCCCACGAAAAAGUUCCAGUUCCGUAUCGUCCAACAGCCCGAAACAGAUGCCACCAUAGAGCCGACAUUCUAUCCAACCCGCCCCUUCAGAAUCACGCCACCAACGACUCCGAAAAAAUCAAAGCAAAAACUCGGCGACAGAUCGGAGAAAGAUCGACUGAAUUCUCCUACACACUGGAACUCUUCGCAUUCUCAUAGUGACCGAUCCUUGACGUCCCCGUCGACAUCGACGCUUGUCACCUCUAACAUCGAUACCAACACUACCGCCACGAUACUUCCUCAGCAUAUUGUCACACUCGACCGCUUCGAGGCUGAACGCAAUCGCUAG